UCUGCUCUUCGCCCUCGUGAGGACAAGAUGGGUCACCAGCAGCUCUACUGGAGUCACCCGCGCAAAUUCGGCCAGGGCUCGCGCUCUUGCCGAGUAUGCUCGAACUGGCACGGCCUGAUCCGGAAAUACGGCCUGAACAUGUGCUGCCAGUGUUUCCGCCAGUACGCCAAGGAUAUCGGCUUCAUCAAGUUGGAUUAAGUCAUGCUCCUUGAGUGGAUGCUGCAAGACAUCGGCGCUUUGGAAAAUCAUGCCGGCUCUUUGUACAUAAAAUAAAGAACUUCGAUUUA